AUGACUCUUAAACCGCCCAAAGCCUCUUCAGCCACUGAUUUCGUAGUGAUAACCUAUGCUGUUAUCACGACUUUUCUGAUAAUCGGCGCCAUAUUCUUCCUGAUUUUUGCACCGGUAGUCCCUGCAAAUUGGAUUCUUGCCGCCGCCAUUCUCGGCUCGGUUUUAUUGAUUUUCGGGGUGUUGAGACUGGUGAAAUAUGUAAUGGAUUUGUGUCAUGAGUACUACGGUACUGGGAGGAUAGAGCGAACUAGGAAUGAGAUGAUGGUUGGAUUGAGUGGAGUGUGGAUUUGCAGCACUAUACCAAGAAUUGCAGCUUAUUUUAUGGGAACUAAUUAUCAUCUAAUAAUCUACGCCGUGACCGUCUCUCUCCUGACAAGCUUCAUAUUUCAUUUCCUCUUCACCUACGGCUUCAACCAAUGGUGCAAACUCAAUUAUGCGAACAGCGUUAUGUCCGAAUAUGCUCUUAUCCCAUUUCACAUAGUAUUGUUGGGAUUUUCAGUCCGCAUCAGUGUCAGUCCGGAAAAUACCGAGAACCAAAAUGCCGCUUUAUUUCUUGGUCAAGUCGCUAUGACUAUUCUCCCUUUAAUAAGUAGCUGGGACCUAUCUGUUGUCUUCCAAAACGGACUGAUUUGGCAGGGACACAAAGGAAAAAUCAAUAAAUCUGUUGAUCAAAUGACCUAUAUGCUUAUCCCCUGCUUUACUGCAAUUCUAGCCAUACUUUCAAUGGUUUUUAUUGGAUUUUCAGUAUCUACAGUAUCAAAUUAUUGUCCUACUGUAGGCUGGACUACUGUAGCUGUCACUGUGGUGGCUUGUCUGCUGGUUGGUGUUGUUCUUGGAUUAUUUAAAAUUUUGUUAGUUUUCAUCCAUGAGAAACUGAAAAAAAGAACGUAUGAUUUGGUAUUGAUGGAGACAAUUAUUGGAUUCUCUGGAAUUGCAAUUUUCGCUUUUUUGCCAAGAAUUGUGGUGUUUGUCGUUGGGUGUGAUGUACCGAUCUAUCUCUCCUCCGUCAUCAUCUCCAUUUUCACCGUCCUCACGUUCUACCGUCUCUUCAUUUCUCCCAACCAACACUUAUGGCGUCUCGAUUUUUCCAAAAACUGCAAUUUGAUACUCAUCAUCGUCGGAAUUCAUAUAAUCAUAUUGGUGGCUGCAAUCCGUUUUGCUAUCACCUAUGAGAAUCCAAGAGAUAUCGAAGUGAUUAUUUGGACUCAAUCCGUAUUUUCAUUUCUAUGUCUUGCGUGUGUAAUUGACUUGGCUGUGGUGCUGAAAGGAGGACUUGUGAUGGUUGAUGAAGGCAAUGGGGAUGUCGAGAUGGGACCGAUGAAGAAAGUGAAAAAGGAAAAGAAGGAGAAGGCAACAGGACCCGAAUGCAAGAUUUGCAUCCUCCCGUUCAACCCAUCUACAGUAAUCCCCAGAAUGCUCAAAGAAUGCGGACAUACCGUAUGCGGAGGGUGUGCGGAUAAACUGAUUGGGAAACAACAACUGAAUCAAAUCGUUUGCCCAUUUUGUCAGGUGGCUACGGUAGUUGGAGGGGUAACAAAGACUCUUCCGAAGAAUUUCGAGCUGUUGGAAUUGAUUUAA